CAACUUCCUCACCAAACCUCUGCUUUCACUUUCAGCCGACCACACACCCUUAGCUUCGAGAUCCUGCAGAUUGCUUAAGCUGGAUCUCACCUGUGUGUAGAAACGUUUUGCUCUCCUCACUGCCUUUUUAACCACCUGCAUUUUGCACGGAUCUGUACAACCUGCAUGGCAGCCCAGCACCAGGAGCUUCACUCAACCAGGACGUUUUGACCAAAGAGCAUCUGACCGGACAGCGACUCAGAGGAUCCUGCAGGAGUGCUGAUUCCCAGUUAACUGCACAGAACGAAAACAGUGACAGGCAGGAUGCCAUUGGGUGGAGGCAACAAGUGUGGCUGCUGCCAGAAGACUGUGUAUUUUGCUGAAGAAGUACAAUGUGAGGGGCGUAGCUUCCACAAAUCCUGCUUCCUGUGCCUGGUGUGCCGUAAGAACCUGGACAGCACUACAGUGGCGGUUCACGUGGAUGAGAUCUACUGCAAGGCCUGCUAUGGCAAAAAGUAUGGUCCAAAAGGCUACGGCUAUGGCCAGGGAGCUGGGACCCUGUCCAUGGAUAAGGGGGAGUCGCUGGGCAUCACCCACACUGAACCAGCCCCUCACCAACCCACCAACAACCCAAACCCCUCGAAAUUGGCUCAGAGCUUUGGAGGGUCCGACAUGUGUCCUCGCUGCAGCAAGGCUGUCUAUGCUGCUGAGAAGGUGGUGGGGGCUGGGAACGCCUGGCAUAAAAGCUGUUUCCGCUGUGCCAAGUGUGGAAAAGGCCUGGAGUCUACCACUUUGGCUGACAAGGAUGGAGAAAUCUACUGCAAAGGGUGUUAUGCCAAGAACUUUGGCCCCAAGGGCUUCGGCUAUGGACAGGGUGCCGGCGCACUUGCACACGCUCAGUAGAGACUCGUACAGCAGACGGUGGAGAGAGGGCCGUCAAGAAUCUUACUGUGUGUAUGGCAUUGUGUGAAGGUAGGGAAGUGAGGGAACAGAUCCGUUUGAGGCUCUGUCUCAAUGACAUGCCACAGAGAGAGGACCAACCGCCUCCAUCUUUUUGCUGCCCCUCGCCUCCCCCCUUUCGUUCUCUCUCGCUCUCUCUCGCUCUUGGGGGAACAUGAGAACCAACUGUUAAAAAUCAUCCGAUCAUGAACAAUAUUUGAUCAGUUUGUCUUCACAUAGACUUAUAGGAAAUACCAUCAUGCUUUGAAUUGCCUCAGAAUACAUUAAUAGAUAAUUUGAUACUGUAAUAUGUUAUGAUAUGACCUGAUGCGUGAUCUGAGCUCCCACUCUGGUGUUCCCAUCAUGUUUCUCCCUUCAGCUCAGUUUAGCCCAUAAAACUACUGUUAGUGAUGAUUGGCAUGCAUACUAAACUGUAUUAAACACACAUAUGUCAGAGAAGAGUUCAAUAAAAUGUAUUACAACCUA